AUGGCAUCUCUCGCGCGCCCACUCACCAACCGCGCAGUGCAUCUUCGCAUCACACCGAGACCGUCCAAUCUGGGCGAGUCUCGUGAGAUCCUGCGCUUGAUCUCUGCAUUUGGAGAGGUCGAGUACUUCAAAAAUCUGAAAUACGAUGCCCUGUCUGCGCCCACUACCGCGCUGGUCAUCUUCAAGCACGAGGAGGCGGCGAUGCAGUGCAUGAAGAGGAGCCCGAUCCGAUUCCGGAUGGGCAAAGCAGCUGUUGGCGAAGAAAUUGCUGGGCCAGCGCCAUCGCCAUCGCCAUCGCCAGCGCCUACCACAGCGCCGCCCGUACCAGCCUCAGAAGCCUCGGCGGUUCCCGCACAGCAUAUACCGUCGCGAUCAGGCGGUGCUUGGGGCCUUGGAGGACAGACGAGGGCCAUGUCUACUACCUCCAGCUAUGCGCCCAUGGACACUCUUCCCAAUCCCCCAGCACGUCCUGUACGGACGCCGUUCCAGGCACCACCAUUACCUCUCUUGGAGUCGCGCAUCUUUCAGGUCCAGACCAACCCCGCACAUGCACACUUUAGAGAUCAGAUCAAUAUGGGCUAUUACCAUGGCAGGUUCGCAAUUGAUUCCAAAAGUGUGCCGCAGACAGAUCUUGCCCAGACUGUGCCGCUUCCAGGGCUGAGUUGUGUGAACUGGAAGGCAAAGGAGAGACCGUGGAGAUUGAUGAAUCAGGAGAAAGAACGGGAUCGCACUGGACCGCAUAGACGGAAGAGUCUCAGAGAGCUGUACGACACUCAUCAUGAAACUGCAGGCACUGCCGACUUUCGAAAUGAGGCAUUGUCUCGUUGA